AUGUUUUCCACCUUCCGCCAUCUUCUCUUAACUGCCUUCUUGUUUGCUUUCGUUCUCCAGCUUUCUCCUGUAUACGGGUUUACGCAUUCUUCCUACCGUGCUUCCCAUGCGCGACGUUCUCUCCUCAACAGACGCUCUGAAGCCGUGGAGCCUGGGGAUGGCGAUCCCCUGGGCUUCGGUGAUAGUAGUGAUCUAGGAUCGUUAGUCAAUUUUCUCGGCUCCGGCGUCAGUCAAGUGGGCAAUGCUUUAACUGGUACUACAACAAUGCCAGCCGCGACCUCGACACCACCAGACGCAGGUUCGGGGACAUCGAUUGGGACAACUUCUACCCCUUCACCCGCAGCGCCAUCUUCAGCUGCCCCUGCCAACGGAACCCCGACUUUUGGCGUCCCUCCAAUUCCUGGUACCAGCUCAGCGGGUAAGAUUGUUGGGACAGGAUCUGGUACGCCGUCGUUACCUACGACUGCAAGCACUGGAUCUAGUGCACCGUCGCCGCCAGUGACCUCUAGUGUUCCCACUGAGGCCUCAUCCUCGCCCUCGAGUCAGGGUAGCACGUCAUCAGCGUUCGAUGGUCCCUGUCUACUUGGCCUCAUUGAUUGUCCUACUACAAGUCCGAGAUCCUCCCCAGCAUCGACGGGUGCCCCUAGUGAUGGGUCAUCGUCACCCGCGCCCACGAGCACUGGGUCUAGUCUAUCGUCGCCGCCUACGACUAGUGCUGCUACCCGGACUUCAUUAUCGCCCUCGAGCCAGGGUAGCGCGUCGCCAACGACCGGUGAUUCUUGCAUUCUUGAUCUCUUUGGUCAUUGCUCCUCUAGUACAAUCCCGAAGUCUUCUCCAGCAUCAACAGGUUCCAAUCCUGGUACGUUGUCGACGCCGACGAGCUCAGGUACUGCGACGGACACCGCUACCACGUCAGGCGCCCCCAGUAGUUCACCUGCUAAUUCGUGCUCCCACGGCUUCUUCGACAUCUUCGGUAAUUGUACCCCUUCCAGUUCUUCUCCAACAUCAACACCGACCUCGUCAGGCGCUUUGACUUCCGCAUUGUCUUCGCCGGCUGUGUCGAGUCCUAGUGUGGGUGCGAGUAGUACACCGUCAACAUUACCGACGUCAGCAGACCCAUGCCUACUUGGCCUUCUAGGUGAAUGCUCAACUGGUAGUUCCACUGCGACUGCAUCAGCUUCGCCAACUACUAGUGCGGCGGCUUCAUCCGGUAUCACUUCCGCCGCUCCAACGACGACCUCAAGUCCUACUAGCGCGAACAUGAGUGGUACGCCGUCGGCAUCGCCGACGUCAGCAGAUCCAUGCCUACUUGGCCUUCUAGGUGAAUGUUCAACCGGAAAAUCCACUGCGACUGCAUCAGCUUCGCCAACUACUAGUGCGACGGCUUCAUCGAUCAUCCCUUCCGCGGCGCCAACGACGACCUCAAGUCCUACCAGCGUGAAUACGAGUGGUACGCCGUCGGCGUCGCCGACGUCGACAGACCCAUGCCUACUUGGCCUUCUGGGUGAGUGCUCAACUGGUAAUUCCACUGCGACUGCAUCAGCUUCGCCAACUACUGGUGCGACGACUUCAUCGACCAUCCCUUCCACGGCGCCAACGACGGCCUCAAGUCCUACUAGCGUGAACACGAGUGGUACGCCGUCGGCGUCGCCGACGUCGACAGACCCAUGCCUACUUGGCCUUCUGGGUGAUUGCCCAACUGGUAAUUCGACUGCAUCUGCCUCGCCAACUACUAGUGCGACGGCUUCAUCGACCACUACCUCUGCGACGCCAACGACAACCGGUUCCUGCUUGCUUGGCGAUCUCCUUUGCUCAAGUUCCCCGACAACCAUGACGACCUCAGGCUUUUCACCAAGCCCCUCUCCGGGUAACACAACUACAACUGUGCCGACGACUUGGUUCAACUCCACUACCCCAACGGGCCAGACUAUUGUAGCACCUACUUCAAACACUACAGUCAACAUUCCCACUACAGCGGCGAUCAAUACUACCGUUCAUUCGGCACCCACUCCGCCCUCAACUUCUCCGACGACUCUGCCGUCGCCAAGUCACAAUUCGACGGGUCCGACGUCUGUCCUACCAUCGCCGAGUCACAACUCGACCAAUACUACGACGCCCCUGACGACUAGUGCCAGUGCUACAACGACGAUUAUAAGCUUCCCAAUGAAUGCUUCAUCGACUUCGUUUAUGUUCAACUUGUCGUCCCUCACAACUGUUUCGUCAACUCCGAAGGUUACGCCGUCGGUGGCACCGCAAUACUCAUUCUUGACGGAUUCUUCCCUGAUAGUUGCAUCUCCGACGACGACAGCUACCGCGAAUUCUUCAUCCUUGACCAAUCCUGAUCAGCCAACGACGACGAUUUCCAUCCCCUCCGGCGAGAGUACGGCUACCUCUACCCCUUCCGCCGCUCCUCUUCCGUCUGGACUUGCGGAGAUCAUAUACCCGGUUGGAGGUUACUCGAGUAGUCAGGUUCCAUCGAAUUACUCGCAGAUCAGUGUCCUGUUUGAACCAUCUCUGAAUUGGGUGACAGUCGCGAACAACACGGAUUCAUCGCUGCAGAUUUUUGCAUGGAUGCCCGCCCUUCUAUACACAUCUUUAAACAUCAGCUCAACCGAGAUCAUGCAGUAUGCGUUGCGAGUCUGGGAGCCCAGUUCCUACACAGGUCCUGCGGAUGAAUACCAGUUGUUGACCCUGUAUAUCGCCUGGAUCCCAAGCAAUCAGGUUGUUAAUCUCGCACAGCAGAUCAGGAAUCCGAAGUCGAGCUUUUACACUGCUCUUCCCAGCCCUUACAGUGAUUUGGCAGCGCAGGUGGACCCCUCGUUUGCGGUGGAUGAGGACUCGAGUUCGAAUCCAAAUGGUGGCGGAGGCGGUAAUGGCGAUGAUUCGUCUCCCGACAGCGGUACCACAAGCUCUUCGUCGUCCAAGACUAGAGAGGACGCAAUCAUUGGGGUCGUCAGCUCGUUGGGUGGUAUCACAGUCAUCGUCCUUAUUUUCCUUGUGAUUCGCGCCGUCAAGCAACGUAGGGAGCUGGCGCACAGGCGUCUGAUCGAACCCACCGACAACGCGGAGUACAUUGGUGCUAGGCCGGAGGGCCAGGACUUCGACCGUGACAGCUUGGGGGGGCAGCGCAGAAGGAGUUUCUACUACGCCGCCGAUUCGUUGCGCGAUGCCGAUGUCGCUUAUGGUGCACCGAUGAGCCCGGAUGCUGGAAUGAGGGAGCGCAGAACUGUUAUGCCAGGAAUGAUUUCCACGCCGAUCUUGGGAGAGAACUCGUUGAACUGGUAG